AUGUCGACCCUUGAAGAGCUCGACGAUCUCGAUCGUCACGACAAGAACGACAAGAGGGACGAUGGCGACAAGGACAACAAGGACAACAAGAAGCCUGCCGGCGAGGGCGAUGCGGACAUGAAGGAUGCCGAGGAGGAGGAGGACAUCCUCGAUGACGAGAUAUUGAACCUGAGCACCCAGGACAUCCAGACCCGCAAACGCCUGCUCGAGAACGACUCGAGGAUCAUGCGCAGCGAGCUGCAACGGCUGACCCAUGAGAAGGCUACCAUGGGGGAGAAGAUCAAGGAGAACCACGACAAGAUCGCCAACAACCGGCAAUUACCUUACCUUGUCGGCAACGUCGUCGAACUUCUUGAUCUCGACCCGACUGCCGAGUCGUUGGAAGAGGGCGCCAACAUCGACCUGGAUGCCACCCGUGUGGGCAAGUCCGCUGUCAUCAAGACGUCGACGAGACAAACCAUCUUCCUCCCGCUUAUCGGCCUGGUCGACCCCACGACCCUGAAGCCUGGUGACCUUAUCGGUGUCAACAAGGACUCGUACCUCAUCCUCGAUACGCUCCCGGCUGAGUACGACAGCAGAGUCAAGGCCAUGGAGGUGGACGAGAAGCCGACGGAGAAGUACACAGAUGUCGGCGGUCUGGACAAGCAGAUUGAGGAGCUGGUCGAGGCCAUUGUCUGGCCCAUGAAGGAAGCGGAGAGGUUCAAGAAGAUUGGCAUUAAGGCGCCAAAGGGCGCUUUGAUGUACGGCCCCCCUGGAACUGGAAAGACGCUCCUGGCCCGAGCCUGCGCAGCGCAAACCGACGCCACUUUCCUCAAGCUGGCCGGCCCCCAACUGGUGCAGAUGUUCAUCGGCGACGGCGCCAAGCUCGUGCGCGACUGCUUCGCCCUCGCCAAGGAGAAGGCGCCCGCUAUCAUCUUUAUCGAUGAGCUGGACGCCGUCGGUACGAAGCGUUUCGACAGCGAGAAGAGCGGUGACAGAGAAGUACAGCGAACCAUGCUUGAGCUCCUCAACCAGCUCGACGGUUUCGCAUCAGACGACCGUAUCAAGGUUCUGGCCGCCACGAACCGUGUCGACGUCUUGGAUCCCGCGCUUCUCCGUUCCGGUCGUCUUGACCGAAAGAUCGAGUUCCCCCUGCCGAACGAGGAGGCUCGCGCCCAGAUUCUCAAGAUUCACUCUCGCAAGAUGAAGGUCGACCCCGCCGUCAACUGGGGCGAGUUAGCCCGCAGUACGGACGAGUUUGGAGGUGCCAUGCUCAAGGCUGUCUGUGUCGAGGCCGGCAUGAUUGCCCUGCGGAUGGGCAAGAACAAGAUCAGUCACGAGCACUACGUGGAUGCUAUUGCCGAGGUGCAAGCCAAGAAGAAGGACACGGUCAACUUCUACGCUUGA